GGAGCUAGUUUUUGAAACCACAGGGCUGUGGGUGCAUUUCUCCCGUCAUUAGUUCGACCUUUUCUCACCCACCCCCUUUUUUUUCAGUGCUUCCAUCAUUCCUCCAACAGAUCGAACACAGAUUUAUUCUCCUUUCCUCUCCAAGCGUUCUCCACUUGAUUCUUCAGAAGUUGAAGAAUGGUGAACAUGAACUUGAAGGUGGGGACAAGACCGCCAUGGGUGGCUCUGGGAGCUUCAGUAUGGCUCCAAAUCGCAGCAGGAAAUGGGAACAACUUUCCACUCUAUUCCCACACCCUAAAAUCAGCUCUGGGUUUGAAUCAGCAGCAGCUGACCAUGCUUGGGGUUGCCAAUGACAUUGGGGAGAACAUUGGGCUCCUUCCUGGCUUUGUCUGCAACAAGUUCCCUCCUUGGGUUGUCCUCCUCAUUGGUGUUUUUGCUUGUUUUCUUGGCUAUGGAACCCUCUGGCUCUCUGUUAGUGGUACUGUUGCAAAUCUGCCUUAUUGGCUGUUGUGGAUAGCCAUUGUUGUGGCCACAAACAGCGGUGCUUGGUUCGGCACUGCCUUGAUUGUGACCAACAUGAGAAACUUCCCUCUGAAUCGCGGCACCGUUUCCGGCAUUCUUAUGGGCUAUGGAGGACUCAGUGCUGCAGUGUUCACUGAAGUGUACACUGUAUUGCUUCAUGGUUCUUCUUCCAGCCUCUUGAUGUUCCUAGCUGUUGGAGUUCCUGCUAUAUGUCUUCUCAUGUUGUUCUUUGUUCGCCCAUGUACUCCCGCUUCAGGUGACGACCCUUCUGAGGAUUCCCACUUUUUGUUCAUCCAAGCCGCCAGUGCCAUUCUUGGUGUCUAUGUUCUCACUGCAACAAUCUUGGAAGACAUAUUCCCGCUUGGUUUUUCUCUUUCUUAUGUCAUCCUUGUCAUCAUGGUGCUUCUUAUGUCGGCCCCGCUAGUGGUUCCUAUAAAAAUGACUAUAUAUCCAUCGAUUCUUAGCAAGUCAUCGAAAGUUGCGGAUCGAGAUAAUGGUGUUGAAGAGACAACAAUAGAGCCUUUGUUGGUGUCUUCAUCCUCAUCAGCUGCUAACUUGGGAAGCUUCAAUGAGAGCGAGGGGAUAUCUGAAGUGGACAUGCUUCUUGCAGAGGGUAGAGGGGCAAUAAAGGAAAAGAGGAGGCCUAGAAGAGGGGAAGAUUUUAGGUUCAGAGAAGCCCUCAUCAAGGCUGAUUUCUGGUGUUUGUUUCUGGUCUGUUUCGUUGGUGUUGGCUCUGGGGUCACGGUGCUCAACAACCUUGCGCAAAUAGGGAUUGCACAAGGCGUUCAAGACACUACAAUCCUUCUAUCUCUAUUCAGCUUUUGUAAUUUUGUUGGCCGUCUUGGUGGUGGCGUCGUCUCUGAACAUUUUGUCAGGUCAAAGGCGCUUCCGAGAACGUUUUGGCUCACAUGCACGCAAGCAGUGAUGAUAUUCACAUACCUUCUCUUUGCCUCCGCGCUCGAUGGGACCCUCUAUGUUGCAACAGCUCUACUCGGGGUGUGCUUCGGGGUCCAUUUCGCCGUGGGGGGACCCACAACCUCGGAGCUCUUCGGGUUGAAGCAUUUCGGGCUGAUCAUCAAUUUCCUGGCAAUAGGGAACCCUCUCGGCGCCUAUCUCUUCUCUGGCCUUCUCGCUGGGUACCUGUACGAUGACGAGGCUGCGAAGCAGCACAGCGACACCUGCAUUGGCCCCAACUGCUUUAGGGUAACGUUCCUAGUUUUGGCGGGACUUUGCUCCGCGGGUUGCCUUCUUAGUGUUCUUUUGACGGCUAGGAUAAGGCCGGUGUACCAAAUGCUUUAUUCCGGUGGCUCAUUCCGGCUGCAACAAAGCUCAAAUCUUUGAAGUUUCUUGAACAAAGACUGCUUUUUUAUUUUUUUUAUUUUUACUGUAUGGUUACUGAUCCCAUUGCUAGCUCCCUCUCUUUUUACUACAGGGGAGUAAAAAUUAAGAGUGUGUUGUUUGGUCAUUAUGAACAUCAUGUUUAUAUACUAUGGAUUUGUGCUUUGUAUUUUUACAGCAUUGGAAUGAAUCACUUCCUGUGGU